AGAUCUCACGUGAGUGUUUAGAAACUGGAGUCAGGUUAGCAUUCCUCUUGUAUGACUGUAACCUUGGGACUUGGAAAUAAACACAUUAUUUCCAAGAGAUACUUGUAAUUUAAUUAAGUAAGCAGCAGUACCAUAACUAGACGUAAUCAACUUUAAAAAUGGAUGUAUUUCUUAUGAUCAGGCGAAAGAAAACUACGAUUUUCACAGACGCUAAAGACAAUACUACCGUUCUUGAAUUAAAAAAGAUCAUAGAAGGUAUAUUGAAGAUUCCUCCAGCGAAUCAACAACUGUACAGCAAAGACAAUGUCCCUAUGUCCGAUAGCAAAUUUUUGUCGGAUUACGGAAUGACGUCGGCAGUGGCAAAAGCGCAAUGCCCUGCUCUGGUUGCCUUAGCCAUACGCCAAGAAGGGGGCCAGUUUGAACCUCUUGAAAUGACACCCUACUCGUUACCACCUGAUCUCCCCGAUGUAAUGAAAUCCCAGGAAGCCAACGGCAAAGAACAAUCUCCGUGAAACUCGCCAAUUUCUCCUCAACUAACCAACGAUUGAGUAUAUUGAUAAAUUCAUUAGCAAUGUUUUCUAGGAUUAUCACAGGCAUUGGAGAGAGUUGACUCUGGAGCUGGCUGUAACUAAUGACUGUAAUACUUGUGUCCUUGUGAUUGAUAGAUAUUUUUCAUUGUUUACUAGAUUUUCAGUAUUCACAAGUUUUGAGCCUCAUGAUAACUGAUAGUGAGUACUAAACAAUCGGAUGAUUCGAUAAGAGUCUGUAUUUUAAUUUUUGUGCUAGGUAUGUCUUUUAUUCUCAUGAUUCAUCAUACUAAGAGAAAAUCGAAAGAAUUAUUCUGAGUUCUCAGUAAAAGACCUUUCAUCGUACAGGAGCAAUCAUAUGCUGCCGAAAUAACUUUUCUAUGGCUAUUCUUCAGUUGUGAUUUCAUGCUUUUCACCAUGAAAUUUUUUACCUGAUUUCAUAAUGUUCUAAUUCUAAUAGAGCUGCCUUCUUCCAGAGCAAUGAAAUAACACAGACUAGUUUCAUCAGCUUCAUCAGAGAAAUAAUUUUUAAUCGACAUAUUCAAAAUAUACGUAAAUUGCUUGAAAAUGAAUUUUCCCAAAUUAUAGAAACCUGCUUAGUCAAUUUCUAAUCUAAUCAAGGCUUACCAUAAUAUGUAUUUGAAUAUAAAAAAUUAUGAAUACGAAACAUUUUGGUCGUUUAAAGGUGCAUAUGCAAUUUUAUCGCCCUAAUCUGACUCUCCUUUGCCUGUGAAGGGUGCUGAGUAACUUCACUACAUAAAACUAAUAAUUGUCUACUAAUCUUGACUUCCAUUGUGAAGACACUGAAGAAGUUGGAAACAGAAUAAAAAAAAAAUAUUUUUUAUUUUUCAUUCCUUUUGAUAAAUGAUCAUAUAAUCAUAUAAAGGAACUUUAUACCUUUGGGACUACUUCAAACCGAAAGAUUUGUGAAGGUACGGUAAUUAAUCUGUAUUAUAAUAGAAAAAGGAUAGUUUUAUCGUGAUUUUCGUUUCGUUUUGUCUAUUAAAUGCAUCCACAUAUGUAAAGUUGAUCUACAAAUUUGAAUUUAAAUUUAUAUGUCCACACAGUACAAAUGUUAUACUUUUUUCGAUUCAAUCCUGAGUAUAACAUACCAAGUCCAACAGCUAAAUGAAUUUUCUACACCCGCAAAUGCACACCUAGUAAAUAAUUAUAAAAAAAUUUUACUAUAUUAUAUAAUUACAUAUUAUAGUUUUAUUAAGCUGUAUGUUGAUUGUUUAUGGCCAUCUGGUACGAUUUUCUUGACAACUACGUUAAUUAUCGCGUAUUAUCGUAACACUUGUCUUGAUUUUUUUUUUCAAAUCUCGAUGAUUAAUUAUGUGAUAUUCUGAAAUAGCAAAGAUUUAAUAUGAUAUCUUCGUAAUAUUCUGUUUUGUUAUAAUCUCUUAAUAUUCUUAAUUUAUGAAAAAAUAAAUGGCAUGGUUAGCAUAA